GUGAGACCCCAUUGGAAAUGGCAAAACGAGAGCCAUCUUCGUUCGUUGCAUUCUCCCAGCGCGUUGCUCUUCCGCUCCGCUCCAUUCGGUUCCAAGUUCCCAGUUCCCAUACCAUACGCUCUUCGUUGGUGUUGAACCUCUUCCUCGCCCGCGAUCCCUCCCUUCUUGUUAGCGCCAAACCACAGUUUGCUCGACAAACAUGGCACGACCGCGGCACCGGCGCCCGACGGUGGAUGUUAAUCAUUCGAGCACCGCCCGUCCGGCCACCUCUCCCGACUCCCCGGCCAUCUCUACCGACUCCCAGGCUACGUCUGCCGAUUCUCCACUUCCCUUGCCAGAUCUCUUGGACACUCCUUCCGACCCACUGCCUGCUUCUUUUGUGCCGAUGUCUCGUCCUCCUGUCUCGGGCGCGCAAAGCCGACCGGCGGCAUCGCUCGCCCCCCGACCCCUUUCCCUCGGCGCCUUCCUGUCCCGCGUGGUCAUCUUCGGUUCGGCCUUCCUCGUGUGGACAAUCCUGUCGACGUCCAACCCGGGCCCGGGCUCCCCGCGGCCCCCUGCCCUUUCGCCGCCCAGUGCCCCCCGGGGUGUCGGCCAGCCAACCCACUACACCUUCAGCCGCCUUACGGUUGUCGCAGACUUCAUCGCCAUCGCUCUGGCCAUGGGCCGGAUCGGCUCCAAGGUUCACAGGCUCCCCUGCGUGAAGCGCGGUGCGGCCGGCCGAGUAGCCGCCGCACUGUCCGACUUGGGGAACCCAGCGGCGCACCUCGCGGAGUGGCUCCGCAACAAGAAUUUCCAAGGGAGACCUUCGGAAUCCGCCGAGGGCCACAUGGCCGUGGAGGCACUCCAGUCCGUGAGCGAAGCCUGCGCAGCCGCAGCUCGAGUUGACAGGUUUCAGGCGCUGUGGUGGGACGACAUGAAACCCCACGCGGGAUUUGGGGUGAGCGACGUGUUGUCCGCUCACUUUCAUGAAUUUGAGGAGGGGAUUUGGGCUUUCCACCCCGACGAGGAGGACCUGGGCCAGUACGACGACCUGAACCUGGUCGGGAACGUCAACCACCACGAGGCCGCCGACCUCAACCGCACGGCUGCCAGCUUCCUGUCCAAGCUCCAUGCCACACAGCUGCCGGAACUCAUGCAUUUCUGCAAGCGAGAUGGGCCGCCCUUUCAGACGCCACCCGAGGAGUUCGCGAGACUCAAGCUCAAGUUCGACAGCAUGGUCAAACAAGUCGAAGAAGUGAGCGGCUCGGACUGGACGGAAGCGGCCAGGGCGGGACUGGAGCAGCUGAACAUCUGGGAUGGGCUAAGGCCGGGCUUGCUUCGACGGGCCGUCUUCUGGGCCAAAGGAUUGCCCUGGGAGUAUCCGUGCCGGCCAAAGCCCAUCUUCGAAAACAACGCUGAUGGAGGUAGUGGCGGUAGUGGGGAUGAAGGGUCUUGGAAGGACCCAUCCGCCGCGUACACCCGUCAGACGAUUUGGGAUGCAGCCGACCCUUACUUCUACGCCAGCGCCUGGCGCGCCGUGCUCGCCUCCCAACGCGUCGUCCGGGAGACGGUGCUGCCGCUCGUUCGCGAGACGCAGGCCGGCCUCGCCGAGGCCCAAUACCUGUAUGAGAGGCAGGUCGCGGAACCUAGCCAGCGGCUAAAGCGUCAGGUGGCGGAGCUCGUCGCCGGGCGAGGCUGGGAGCUCGUCGAGCGAGUGCAGAUCGGCUUGACGGCCGAGGGGCACUGGCUCGAGGUCUCCCGUGCCGAUAUCAAGGCUAUCCCCCUUACCGACCUGCGGAACGCUACCGUAUGGAGGCGUAUGUUCCUCCCACUGGAGGCUAGGACGGCUGACCGGCUGAGGUCGGCUCGCCACAAACUGCUCGGCUACUAG